UAGCUGCGGCUACGGCUAGGUCACUGUGAGUUUUGCAUACAAGACGCCUUCAGUGCUUUGACGGUGUAGAAAAUUGUGUUUAAAUGUCGCACUUAAGUCACCACCACUUUAAACCAACACUGAAUGAGCUCCCGAAGCGGUUUGUCAGUGCCAUGAAGGUUCUUUUCGACAUCAUGGAUGAUCAGAAGACUGGCUGCAUUAAUAUUCGGGAUAUCGAGAAGCGGUGGCCGUGCAGUCGUGACAGCAGCAACGGUCUUCCCUCUGACGUGAUGGAGUGCCUUAGAAAAGUGACACCGCCCAAUGAAAUGAUCAAUUUUGAGAGGUUUUGUGCCGGUUUGAAAAUGUGUCUGCUUCGUCACCGCGUAGGACACAGACAGGCUCUAGGCAAUGCAGCUCAGUGGUACCGCAGCCAGUACUUACCGCAGCUCGGUCAGGUCAGUGAACCUAGAGGUCGUCCCUCAUCUGUGCCACUUCCUGAUCGUGAGGAACGGACUCUUGCAAGACAUCAGCCUGCGCUGAAACCUCCAUCCAUUUCAAAGUCAUAUUCCGGACCUGGCCGAUCGUUAGACAAUUUAGCAGGUAAUAUCGCGGUGCGACCUUCAAAUACGGCGGCCGUUCGUCCAAGCACCGUUACAGCGCAACACAGAUCGGUCAGUGUCCCGCACUUGCAAGGCAAGGAAUUGUCCAGGCAGACGGCAGACGUCCGCAGAAUACCGAGUAAGCUUCGGGGCUACCGCAGUGAUGUGCGACUUGCCGAACUUCGGGGAGACCAUGAAGUGGGAGCGCAGAGACUCUCUGGGGUAAAAAACAAGAUAUUGGAUCAAUCGGUGGAUGCUGCUAAGCCAUGCACACAGAUACCCAUACGUGAGCCAUUAUCUGUAAAAGUGCCAGAAAUGAGACAUCAAAAGGAAAACGUGGUUCCAGCACCAACAGGCAAGGAAGCAGGUAAUGCCGACAACAAACAGAGCAGCAGUGCUGCCCUCAGGAAACAGACCCGUAAACGAGAGCCCAGGCGGCACACUUUGGGACAUGGAAUUGAAUAUAGCAUGUUAAGACGCAUGAAACAGCUGGAGCAGGAGAAGGACGUGCUUGUACAAGGACUGAGGGCCGUUGAGCAUGCAAGGGACUGGUACCAACAACGCAUCAGUGGGGUUCAAGAGAAAAUGCAAAAUACGAGCAAAGGCCAUGCAGCACCAGAAUAUUCCACUGAUGCACAUGAAGAGAGAUUGAGAUUUCAGAUAGCGAGGAUAUUUGAUGUCAAUCAGCACCUAAGAGCUCUUAUUGAGAGCUCAGAUAAGGGAUUCCCAUUACAUAUGAAUUUGGCAGUUCAACCAUCGCCAUACAAUGUGCAGCAAAACUCCAUGGUGCAGAGGCUCAAGGAACAGAAUCAUAUCCUAACAGAGGAAGUGAGCCAAAAGAGUGAAGUUAUUGCUCAGCUAGAGAGAGAAAAGGCUACUCUGAUAAGGGAACUCUUCCAAGCUCGUUCACAGCAUCGGGUUCACAUUGACGAGACCACACUCAUGUAGUCGCACAGUAGCAUCCACGCUAAAAGUGCAAGUGAGACCAACGUGUGGACAUACUCAGACCUGCAAGCCGAGAACAGAUCACUGCCGGUCCCCCCCCGUCCCUCUGCCGGUGCCACAAGAUAUGCCGUGACAGCGACGUCCGAGUGAAGUCUGAUGAUGAUUGUUUUGUUCUGUGUAAACAUUUUUAAAAGUAACUUAGUAACAAACUCUAAGCAAAGAAAUUGAACACCAGUAUUGGAAUAUUAGGCCUUAACUUUUUUUUAAAUUUAGGUGACAGUAGCGGGUUUUAGCAGAUCGGAAGGUGUUAACAAUACCUGUUCCACAAACACAAGCCAAUCUUUCAACUGGCUGACAUCACAUUGCUGCUGUUUGAUUCGACAACAUCUUCCUGUAUCGUGUCGUUUUCGUAGAGUGCCUCCGAUCUAGAGCACUGCACGGGCCGCAUUUUUAGGCCCGGCCCGAGCACGACCUGACGGCUGCAUACCUAGCCGCGAAGAGUGAAGCCCGAAGGAUUCUAAGUUUCUCAGCCCAAGUCCGGUCCGAGCCCGAGAAAUUUAUAGGCUACCCAGGCCCGACCAAGCCAGGCCCAGCGUAUCAGGCUCCAAAAAAUUUGACCGUGGCUAACUAACAGAGGGGUAACAGAGGCUCGAGCCGAUAAUGAUAGAACCCGAACUCAGCCUAGACCCGCCAAAAAGAAAGUUUAACCUGGUUUUCGGGUAAGCCCGAGCCCGUGCAGUGCUCUACUCCAGUCUACAAAAAUUCGUUAAUGACACAGCUGGAAUACGGAAAGUGCAAUAAUUCUCCAAUUUCCUGAACUGGAUAGGGACACAAUAUGAAGCCAGAAGUUCCAAAGGCAGAACAGUAUUAAAAAACUAGAAACAAUAUUUUAAUCUUGUACAACCGUGCAACAAAUGCAAUUUUCGCAUUUCGCUUUUAUUGUGGGAGACUCCCAGACUGCCAAAAAAAGAAAAGACUUUCCCACCUACUAAGGCCGUACAUGACAAGAGGGACAAACUGGGAAAUGGCAAAUCAAAACAUCGCUUCCAUCACUUCGAGGUGGAUUCCCAUCAUUCCACGUACAAAGGUUUCUGUUGGCCAUAUUUUAUAAGAUAUAAAAAUAUUAAGAGUGUAUAUUGUGGGUGCCUUAUGUGUUGGCGGGUUAUUCUUUUACAGAAAUUGUUUAAUAAAGUAUUGCUGGUUAUGGUGCA